CCGCAUUCUUUUCUACUCAAAUUCUGUAUUGUCAAUUCUCUCAUGCCCUCCCCCUUUCUUUUCUUCUUCUUCUUCUUCUACUACUACUGUCUCCCUCGGAACCCAACCCAAAUUUAAUCAGUAACGAGCAUUCAGGUGGUUGCUGCUCCUUCUGGUAACCGCAGAUCUGCGGCGGAAUCACCCGUUUCCAAUUGAGAUCUCCGUCGAUCCCAGAUGCCGGUGGCUGCUUCCGCCGUCUACUUUCUCAACCUCCGUGGUGACGUUCUCAUUAAUCGCCUCUACCGCGACGAUGUCGGGGGAAACAUGGUGGAUGCCUUCCGGACCCAUAUUAUGCAAACGAAGGAGCUCGGUACUUGUCCUGUGAGGCAGAUUGGUGGUUGCUCCUUCUUUUACAUGAGGAUCAGCAAUGUCUAUAUUGUCAUUGUAGUCAGCACCAAUGCUAAUGUUGCUUGCGCUUUCAAGUUCGUCGUUGAGGCUGUUGCACUGUUCAAAUCAUACUUUGGUGGUGCUUUUGAUGAGGAUGCUAUUCGCAAUAAUUUUGUACUCAUUUAUGAGCUUCUAGAUGAAAUUAUGGACUUCGGUUACCCACAAAAUCUUUCAGCAGAGAUCUUAAAACUUUAUAUCACUCAGGAAGGAGUGCGAUCCCCGUUUUCGUCCAAGCCCGCAGAUAAACCUGUUCCAAAUGCUACUUUACAAGUUACUGGGGCUGUUGGUUGGCGGAGAGAAGGUCUUGUCUACAAAAAGAAUGAGGUCUUUCUAGAUAUUGUGGAAAGUGUAAAUCUUCUUAUGUCUUCAAAAGGUAGUGUUCUGCGUUGUGAUGUCACGGGGAAGAUUCUCAUGAAAUGCUUUCUUUCUGGAAUGCCUGAUUUAAAGUUGGGUUUGAAUGAUAAGAUUGGUCUUGAGAAAGAGUCACAACUUAAAUCCCGCCCCACUAAAAGUGGUAAAACUAUUGAGCUUGAUGAUGUCACCUUCCACCAGUGUGUAAAUUUGACAAGGUUCAACUCGGAGAAGACUGUUAGUUUUGUGCCACCUGAUGGUGAAUUUGAACUAAUGAAGUAUCGUAUCACUGAGGGAGUCAAUCUUCCCUUUAAAGUACUGCCAACCAUCAAGGAACUUGGUCGAACAAGGAUGGAAGUGAAUGUUAAGGUAAAGAGUACUUUUAUUGAAAAGUUGUUUGCACUUGGGGUUGUAGUAAAAAUUCCCGUGCCAAAACAAACUGCAAAGACAAGUUUCACAGUAACAUCUGGCCGUGCCAAAUACAAUGCAUCUAUUGAUUCUUUGGUUUGGAAGAUUAGGAAGUUUCCAGGGCAAACUGAGGCAACCUUGAGUGCCGAAGUUGAACUUAUUUCCACAAUGACAGAAAAGAAAUCUUGGACUAGGCCACCAAUUCAGAUGGAGUUUCAGGUUCCAAUGUUCACAGCAUCUGGUUUACGAGUUCGUUUUCUGAAGGUGUGGGAGAAGAGUGGUUACAAUACUGUUGAGUGGGUUCGUUAUAUUACAAAAGCAGGAUCAUACGAGAUUAGGUGCUAGAUGAUACACUGGGAUUGCUAGAUGGAGAAUAAUGCAAUCCCAUCAAGCUUGUUAUCCAAUUGUUAUUGCAUAGGGAGUUCUUUAUGAAAAAGAUUGAAGGUUCACGCCGUUCUCAUCGUAUAGUGUGCUCUCCCCUGUCAAUAUGAAUCUUUGCGUGUUAAGUAUGAGUUUCAACAAUUUAGUUGCAAAGACCAGCUUGUUAUUGGGACCUUAAAUUGAUUCGUUCUCGCAUGUAUACACUGUAUUUUGCCCUGGGUUCUGAUCCGUUAUAGACUUGAAUUGUUGUAGUGAUAAUGUAUUUUAAUGUUAUUGAGUGCCGAUUCUUUGAA